AUGGACUUUGCCGCUCUCAUGGCUAACGCCAUUGCAGUUGCAAAAGCCCCAACAGUUACAGAGGACCAGCCCAAGAAAUUCGUGAAGCGCUCGGAGCUUGAAGCUGAGCGUCGAGAAAAAUAUCUCGCGGAUCAGAGAGCCAUCGAGUCGGAGAAGGCAGCCAGGACCUUACAGAAACGAAGACAGGAAGAUUUAGAAGCAGAAGCCAAAUCCAAGCGAGAAUUGAAAAGGCGCAAGCUCGCCCAAGAGUCGCGGCGGCAGCGGGAGGAGAGGGAAGCAGAAGAGGAACGAGCUACGAGGAAACGACUAGGCCUACCCGAACACGAAAAUGAAAAGGUAGAAGAGACUACGACUGAUGAUAUUACAGAUGAAGAGCUAUUCAAGGGGUUACGAGCAAUAGGUCAGCCGGCUAAAUUAUUUGGAGAGAGUCACAAACAGCGAUUACGUCGGCUCAGCAAGCUCGGCACCAUAGUUAGCACAAGUAUCAUCCCCACCACCUUGGAGCUAUUGGGUGAAAAAGACAUGAAGGUCGAAAGCGUUCCAAAAGAUAGCGACGGAAGGAGAUUUCUCUUUCGGCAACUAGCAUCCUAUUUUACCAUGGUGAUGACAGAAUGGGAAUCAGCAUUGAAUAACGAAAAGAGAGAUACAUUUGCCAGCAAGGCAGCUCAUACCGCCAUGCUCCAGAGCAAAGAAAGCAUGACACCGCUCUUUCGUAAGUUUGAGAAAGCAGAUCUCGAUGAUGGGAUUUUGGAGCCUAUUGUAGAAAUCGUCAAAGCCGCCCAGGAGAGACGAUAUGUAGAUGCUAACGAUGGAUAUCUGCGACUCAGCAUUGGUAAAGCUGCAUGGCCAAUCGGAGUUACCAUGGUUGGAAUUCACGAACGGAGUGCUCGCGAGAAACUACAUGAAAAUGACAAAGGUCAUGUGAUGGGCGACGAGAUCACCAGGAAGUUUCUUCAAAGUAUCAAAAGAUGCCUAAGUUUUGCUCAAGUACGCUGGCCUCCAGAUGAUAUUCGACAACUCAUGGGAUAG